AUGGCACCGUUUGAGGCCUUGUAUNGGAGGUGCUGCAGAACCCCUCUGUGUUNGUUUCAGGAGGGUGAAUCAUUAUUGACUGGGCUAGAACUUGUGCAGCAGACCACGAAGAAAUUGUCUCCCAAGUAUCUUGGUCCCUAUCAGAUUCUGCGGCGCAUUGGACCAGUUGCAUAUGAGAUUGCCAUGCCACCUCAAUUGGCUAAGCUGCAUCCAGUAUUUCAUGUUUCACAGCUUAGGAAAUAUGUGCCUGACCAAUCCCAUGUGCUAGAGGUUGAACACAUCCAGGUGAGGGAAGAUCUGUCUUUGGAAGUACAACUUGUUAGAGUUAAUGAGAAUCACACAAAGUGGCUGAAUGGGAAGGAUGUCAGACUCGUCAAGGUCAUCUGGGACGAGAGGACCGGCGACUCUACUUAG